ACUAGGGUUUCUCUGAAUCUCCCGUGCUCGCACACAUCAGGUAAGAGUGAGAGGAAAGAGCUAUUAGCAAUGGCGGCUAAACAGAGAAAGCCUCAUUCAUCCAGAAAUCCCGAUCUGAUUAGGGGUAUUGGUAAGUAUUCCAGGUCUCAAAUGUAUCACAAGCGUGGUCUCUGGGCAAUCAAGGCCAAAAACGGCGGCAAAUUCCCACAUCAUGACCCCAAGCCUAAGGCCGCCGCCGCCCCAGAAAAGCCGCCAAAGUUCUAUCCUGCUGAUGAUGUCAAGAAACCGCUUGUUAACAAGCACAAGCCAAGAAUCACCAAGCUCAGGUCCAGCAUCACCCCAGGUACUGUGCUUGUCAUCCUUGCUGGUAGGUUCAAGGGCAAGCGAGUGGUGUUCUUAAAGCAGCUGCCAUCUGGGUUGCUUCUCAUCUCUGGACCGUUUAAGGUCAAUGGUGUUCCCUUAAGACGUGUCAAUCAAGCUUAUGUAAUUGGAACUUCAACCAAGGUUGAUAUUUCUGGAGUCAACUUGGAUAAAUUUGAUGACAAGUACUUUGCCAAAAAAAAUGAGAAGAAGAAGAAUAAGGGAGAAGGGGAGUUCUUUGAGGCAGACAAAGAGGACAAAAAUGAGCUCCCUCAGGAGAAGAAGGAUGAUCAAAAGGCUGUGGACACACCAUUGAUCAAAGCAGUUGAAGGAGUUCCAGACUUGAAGACCUACUUGGCUGCUAGGUUUUCUCUCAAGGCAGGCAUGAAACCUCAUGAGCUUGUCUUUUAGAUCAAGGCUUGCCAAGAAUUAGGAUUGUUCGUCUUUUGCUACAUUUUGUUGCGUUUUGGUUGAAUUUUGUUUUAGUGGAUGUACCAUUCCAGUUUUAUUUGUUAUAACCAGCUAUAUGACAUCUUCAGGUUAUGCAUUAUACAAGGGAUAUUUUCUCAA